CCACUGCAACCCCCUGAGCGACGUUGUCGCCGCCGAGCAACUCGACUUACUCGAGACAUGCACCCGUUGUCUGACCGAACUCGAUUGGGCUUGCUGAAUUAAUUCACUUCUUCUGGACGCUCAAGUGAGAUGCAGGUGACCGAGGCGCCCGUUUCCCGGUGACCUCCACGCGCACGCGACGAGUCAGGUCUUCCGCUGUUCCGCUCUCGCCGAACCCGCCCCCGAGGUAUCGAUUCUCCUCGACAAUGAAUUUCUUCUGAGAGCCUGUCACCAUCACGUCUGGCAGCCAAUAUCUGAAAAUUAGCCGACGGGACUGCGAGCACGGCUGGAUCAGUAUAGGAGGAAGAAAGUCGUCCAGGUCUUGGCUCGAUUGCGGAUUCUGCCUGCACGCUGCAGUUGUGAAAGGGAGGUGCUGCCCUAAUACUCCAAGAUGUCGUCUUCAGGGCCAACCGGCUUUCUGGGCCGGUCCAGCAGUAGCAACUCGAACAUGCGAGGACUCGUCCAAUUCAUCGCCGACCUUAGGAACGCCCGUGCACGCGAGCUGGAGGAGAAGCGCAUCAACAAAGAGUUGGCCAAUAUCCGGCAAAAGUUUAAAGAUGGCAAUCUGAGCGGAUACCAUAAGAAGAAAUACGUCUGCAAACUCCUUUACAUAUACAUCCUCGGUUGGAACGUCGAUUUCGGCCAUCUUGAGGCUGUCAACCUCAUCUCGGCGACGAAGUACUCGGAAAAGCAGAUCGGUUAUCUUGCAAUGACGCUCUUCCUGCAUGAGAAGCACGAACUCCUGCAUCUAGUGUUCAACAGCAUCAGGAAAGACUUGCUGGACCACAAUGAGCUGUUCAAUUGCCUGGCACUUCACGCCAUAGCAAACGUUGGUGGUCGGGAGAUGGGAGAAGUGCUGAGCGGAGAGGUCCACAGGCUCCUGAUCUCACCGACUUCCAAGGCGUUUGUUAAGAAGAAGGCUGCAUUAACAUUGCUUCGACUCUACCGAAAACACCCUGGCAUAGUUCAGCCACAGUGGGCCGAGAGGAUAAUAUCCCUAAUGGACGAUGUCGACCUGGGGGUGGCGCUGUCCGUGACGUCCUUGGUAAUGGCCUUGGCGCAAGAUAAUCUGGACCAGUACAAGGGCGCAUAUGCAAAGGCUGCCGGGCGGCUGAAGCGAAUCGUAAUCGACGGAGAAUACUCGCCGGAUUAUCUGUAUUACAAGGUCCCAUGCCCUUGGAUUCAGGUCAAGCUUCUGAGGCUGCUGCAGUACUUCCCGCCUUCAGAGGACAGUCAUAUCCGGGGAAUGAUCCGGGACUCACUCCAGAAGAUCCUGGAUCUCGCCAUGGAGCCGAACAAGAACGUACAGCAGAACAAUGCGCAAAACGCGGUCCUUUUUGAAGCCAUCAACCUCAUAAUCCACCUGGACACCGAGCAUGCCUUGAUGAAGCAAAUAUCGUCUCGGCUUGGCCGUUUCAUUCAAUCGAGGGAGACCAAUGUCCGUUAUCUGGGAUUGGAAGCCAUGACCCAUUUGGCGGCCCGAGCCGACACGCUGGAGCCGAUCAAGCAGCAUCAGGAUGUAAUUAUCGGGUCGCUGAAGGACCGAGAUAUCAGCGUCAGACGGAAGGGGCUUGACCUCCUGUACAGCAUGUGCGACGCCACGAACGCGCGGGUCAUCGUCGGUGAACUUCUACACUACCUUCAGAACGCAGACUUCGCCAUACGGGAAGAGAUGGUGCUCAAGAUCGCCAUUCUGACAGAGAAAUAUGCCACCGACGUGCAGUGGUAUGUCGACAUAUCCCUUCGCCUCAUUGCCAUGGCGGGGGACCAUGUGAGCGACGAGGUGUGGCAGAGAGUGAUCCAGAUCAUUACGAACAACGAGGAGCUGCAGGUCUAUGCGGCGAAGAAUACGCUCCAGUACUGCAAGCAGGAUCACUGCCACGAAACGCUGGUCAAGAUCGGUGCCUACAUUCUCGGGGAAUUCGGUCAUCUUGUUGCCGAGGAGAGGGGAUGCAGCCCGAUCGAGCAGUUCCUGGCGCUCCAGAGCAAGCUCCCUGCCUGCUCGUCGAGCACCCGGGCGAUGAUCCUGUCGUGCUUCGUCAAGUUUGUUAACUUGUUCCCCGAGAUCAAGCCGCAGCUUAUCAGCGUCUUUAGCGUCUAUAGCCACACGCUUGAUCCUGAACUCCAGCAAAGAGCAUGCGAGUAUCUCGCCCUGGCGACGAUGCCCACGGACGAUCUUCUUAGAACCGUCUGCGAUGAAAUGCCGCCGUUCCCGGAGCGCGAGUCCGCCUUGCUCUCCAGGCUACACCAGAAGCACUCCAGGACAAGUGACAAGAGGACAUGGGUUGUCGGCGGGAAGGACGCCAACGCGGAUGUGGCCGAGCUCACCAUGGCCAAGCAGGGCAGUCUUAGGAGAACCUUUACCGCGAACGACCAUCCAAACGGUGCCUCGUCCGCCACCGCGGCUAACGGAAACUCAGCAGCCAACGAUCUCAUGGGUCUCGAUAUGAGCAAUAUCGGACCCGCCGAGGCCAAGGCACUCAAGCCGCCCAACCUUGCCAGCGCUGCCCAUCUCUCACCCGGUUGGGAGAAGGGCUUCAACCGCCUCCUGCUCAAGGCGGACGGCGUUCUCUACGAAGACGGUCAGCUCCAAGUGGGCGUGCGGUCCGAGUACCGCGGCCAGAUGGCGUGCUUGAUCCUCUACUUCACGAACAAGACACCCGCACUCAUCAGCUCUUUCACCACGACGCUCGACCUCGACGCGUCCGAAAAGGGCAACCUGACCUGGGACAUCAAGGGCCUGCCGGACACCACGCUGGCACAGGGCGCCCAAGCCCAGCAAGUCAUUGUGUUCGAGGCGAAGAAGGUGUUCGAGAAGAGCCCAACCAUUCGCAUCAGCUAUCUGGCCGGCGCGCUGCAGGCCAUCACGCUGAAACUGCCCCUGACGAUCCACAAGUUUAUGGAUCCUGCCGAGCUGUCGGCCGAGGAUUUCUUCAAGCGGUGGAAGCAAAUCGGCGGGGCGCCGCGCGAGGCACAGCAGAUCUUUGGGCUGGCUGCCGGGUCCAAGAGCAGCGGGCGGGAGAUGACAGAGAGUUUCGUGAGGGGCGUCGUCGAAGGCUUCAGGUGGGGGGUGCUGCAGGGGGUCGAUCCGAACCAGAAGAAUUUCGUCGGAGCGAGUGUCGUGCAUACCUCGGAGGGCGGCAAAUACGGGUGCCUGCUGCGGUUGGAGCCUAAUUAUUUAACCCAGAUGGUGCGAUUGACGAUUAGGGCGACUGAUGACAGCCUCCCGCCGCUGCUCUUGAAGCUGAUGGAGGCCAGGAUUGCGCAGGGGGUGUCGACAGCGCCGGAAAGGCCUGUGCCGCCCUCUGUGACCGAGAUUUCGGAUUCGUUCAGGAAUAUCAUGGUUACUACUAGUAGUAGGUGA